AGUUCUAUUGACAUCUUCACAGACACACACACAAAGACAAACAUAGGUUUAAAAGCCCAACAGUCAGCGGCUCUCACACUAAACACAACACACCGACUCUGAGCUGAAGAUGUUGCGCAGGACUCUGACCAGCGUCGGACUGCGACUGAACCGACAGCAGGGCACAGGGAUGGGGGCACCGACAGCGGGACUGGGCCCGGACUCCCACCGACGAUACGUGUCCAGUUCCGCCGCCCCCAGCAGCAGCAGCAGCAACAGCUCCGUGGUGGGAGCCCCCAACAAACUGAAAGCCAUGGACGAGCUGCACGGACCCAAUCUCUUGACCAACCUGUACUGGCUCUUUGUGAAGGGAUACUUCCAGACGACCCAACAGAUGCAGAUCGAGCACCGCAAGAUCUACGGUCCGCUGUGGAAGUCGGAGAUAGGUCCUCUGACCGUGGUGAACGUGGCUCAAGCGGACCUGAUAGAGCAGGUUUUGAGGCAGGAGGGGAAACAUCCAAUCCGGACCGACAUGCCCCACUGGAGGUUGUACCGAGAGAUGGGGAGCCAGGCCUAUGGACCCCUGACCGAGAUGGGGGCCAACUGGCAGCGGAUCCGCAGUAUCCUGAACCCGCGGAUGUUGAUACCCAAACACGUUUCCUCCUACACUAACACCAUCAACGAGGUGGUGACUGACUUUAUCGACAGACUGGCCUGGGUGAGGGAGAAAGACGGCCAGGGAGUUAUGGUCAAUAAUCUGACGGAGGAACUCUACAAUUUUGCUUUUGAAGGUAUCUGUUCAGUGUUGUUUGAGACACGUAUGGGCUGCUUGAACGAGGUGUUGCCUGAGGAAACCAAAAAGUUCAUUACCUCCGUUGGGGAAAUGUUCCAGCUCUCGCAGGUUGUGAUCCUCUUCCCCAGGUCCGUGUGGCCCUACCUUCCCGCUUGGAAACGGUUUGUGGCGGUCUGGGAUCACCUCUUCAAAGUCGCUGGGGAGUUAGUGCAGAAGAAAAUGGAGGAGAUCCAGGAGAAGGUGAAGCUGAACCAGCAGCUGGAGGGAGCGUACCUCACACACCUGCUAUUCAGUGACAAGAUGACGAUCCCUGAGAUUCUGGGAAGCAUGACUGAGCUCCUGCUGGCAGGAGUCGACACGACCUCCAACACUAUCUCCUGGGCUCUAUACCACUUGGCAAAGCUGCCAGAGAUCCAGGAACAGUUGUACCAGGAAGUGAUAGGAGUUUGCCCCGGAGACAAGAUGACGUCCAGUGAGGACAUCGCUCAGAUGCCAUACCUGAAGGCCAUCAUCAGGGAGACGCUACGGAUGUAUCCAGUGGUGCCAGGAAACGCCCGCGUCAUUGCUGAAGAAGAUGUUGUGGUGGGAGAUUACGUCUUCCCCAAAAAUACGUUGUUUCACCUGUGCCACUACGCUGUGUCCUAUGACGAGAGCGUCUUUUCCGACCCUCACACCUUCAGACCACAGCGAUGGCUCCGCGGAGAGGUGGAGAAGGUCAAGCAUCACCCUUUUGGGUCGGUGCCGUUCGGUUUUGGGGUCCGGGCGUGUCUGGGUCGACGAGUGGCAGAACUUGAGAUGUAUCUCCUCUUGUCCAGGUUGAUAAAGCGAUACGAGGUGAGGCCGGACCCCACUGGACAGACAGUGAAGCCCAUCACCAGAACCCUGCUCUGCCCUGCUAAACCAAUCAACCUGCAGUUUCUGGACAGGAGGCGUUAGAGGGAGGAGGCGAGCGUGGGGGCAGCAGCGGGAGGAGUUUCUCUGUGAGGUGGUUUAGUAUUCACUUGGUGUCGCCUGCCUGUCACCGGACACCACGGCUCAGAUGUGCCAAAACUUUGACUUAGAAUAUAAUCUGGGUGGAGAAGUAGCUUGAACAGUAGAGAAUAAAAUGCAGUGUGUAUAGACAUUUUAAAAGUUUUAUGGAGAAUAUGAUGACCUUGUCUUUAAGUGAGAUUUCCUUUAGGUUCCACAACACAAAAAUACAUCAAUUUAACGUCUUCAGCACAAAUCUGUUGGUACUCUAUAUUUUCAUUUCUGUCCACAAACCCCGCGAGAAACUUUGAAUAGUUUCCAACUAUCAGAUCAACUUAAAAUUAAGUUGAUUUAAAAUGUUAACUUUUCCAAAAAAAGUUGGAAAAUGGCAACGACACUCAAACAGUGGACAUGUGCUGGGUCUACUUUUAGCGGCGGAGUAAUCCACAUUUGAUCCUGUAGAUCAAAGCAGCAGGACAGUGAAUGUAGGAUUGACAGUGUGUGUGUGUGGGUGUGUAUAUUGUGGGUAACAUAACAUGAGGAUGUCACAGAGAUAUAUAUUGAGAUUACAAGGUAUAAGUAACUGUAUUUAGUUACAGUUACAAUUUUAAUCAGUGGGAAUCUAAAUACUUUACAUUUAUCAAUAGAUUAAAUAAUUUCAUGACUUUUUACUAUUGUAAAGGUUUGUUAUUUAGUCUGAUAUUUAAAAGAGUUUAAGUGGAAUGUUUAGUUAAAUAUUGUCCAUCCAGCUACUAAUUGUUCAAAGUUAUUAGCAUAAUGAGCCUGUUAGCUUUGUCAGCUGUAGCCAGCGUGCAACACAUUAAACUAACCAAACGGUAGAGUUCUUUUUACAACACUCAAGUUUACCCACCAAUUUCUAUGCACUAUUAUAAACACCAACCUAAGUGUCUGGGAACAUUUAAACAACUGUAUGAGUCUACAUUAUCUAAGAUCUGCGUUAUCUACGAUCUACGUUAUUUAUAUCUUUUCAAUGAUGUUGUGAAAAACAAAGGAAGUACAAACUACCUUUUUCUCAUAUUAUUUUUAUUUCAAGAUGAUUCAUUUAAGGCAACAGAGCUAAAACAAAAUGCUCUAUGUAAGUAGAAAAGUCAUUUAUUUUUAUUUUCAUGCAUUUAAUUGUUUUUCCCUUUUUCAAAAAUGCUGUGAAAAAUAAAAGUUUACAAAAACCUA